AUGGAGCCUGAAUAUUCCGUGUCUUCGCAGCCGGUGGUGGACACAGCUGAUCCCGUUUCGACGCCGCCGCCGGUAAACAUUCCGUCUGCGGAAGAGGCUUUCCAGUUGACAGUAUCACUUCCUCCAGGGUUCCUUUUUCAACCAACUGAUGAGCAAACGCUCUUCUAUUACCUCAAGGGGAAAGUCUUGAGCCAAGAGGUUACUGGUGCCAUUGCAGAUCUUGACAUCUACAUGUACGAUCCCUGGGACGUAGCAGGUAAAUCGAAGCUCAAAUCUACAACGGAGUGGUAUUUUUAUACCAACCUGCAGAGUAGGUACAAAAGUGGCCCUCGAACCAAGCGUGAUACUCCCCAUGGGAGAUGGAGACGACAAGGUCGUAUGAGGAAAGAGUUCAAAGACAGCAACACUGAUCUUAAGGGCACAAAGAUGACUUAUGCAUUCUUCUUGAAGAAUGGCACCAAAGAAGAGCCAAGCGAAUGGCGAAUGGAAGAGUUCAAGCUAGAAAACCAUUCUCAGAUGUCUAUCUCCAAGGUUUUUAGGAAGAAGAAAGAAAUGGUUGAGCAGACAAAUGUCCAAGACUCUCCCUCUGAUGAAGACUCUUCCUCUGAUGAUGAAGCCGCUACCAACUUGCUCAUGAUCCCACAACCUCAACUCUGA